AUUUUAUCCCUCUGCCUCUGGAUAGCAAUUAGCAUUCAAGUUUUUAAUUUUCCACAACUAGUUCUAUCUUUGUAGGUUAGACCCAGACAGGAAAAAAUCCAUCUAUUUUGUCUUUUGAGGAGCUUAUAACAUCUUUUUUUGAAGUUAUAUCUAGGAUUGAACCUAGAUCUAGUAAUGUUUUCCCCAUUUAGACAUGUCCUCAUCCCUAGUUGGAAAGAAGCUUGCCAAUUACAUGAAUGUGCUUCUUCAAACAGAUUCCAAGGCAAAAGGUUCAAGAAAAUCCAGCAUAAAGAUGGCGCCUCCAUUGUAUCAAUCACGAAGGAGUCGGGUAGACCAGACCAAUUCUGACUCUAAGUAUUACACCUUCUACAACAUCAAGAAGACCAAACUGUCUGCCAGGUAUCCAUUCUUGCCUAAGAAACAGAUUGAGAGGAAGAUAAAGCAUCUAUGGGAGAGAGCUUCAGCGGAGAAAAGAGCAGUCCUUUGCUUAACAUCAUCUGGCUCUACUGCUAAAUCCCCCUUCAAAGGUUCUAUACUUCAAGGACUUUGUAAGAAGAAAUUACCCCUGGAGCACAUCAUUUUCAACAGUGCCCCUAUCCACAAUAGUACUCCCACAACAAGCAUGGCUGGUUCUGGUCCUGUGCGUACCCUGCAUUCAAGCAUGAAAGAUCCAUGGUCUCAAACAAGCAGAAAACAAACUCUCAGGAGCUCUUCAAAGAAACUUGUUUCAACCAGAAGAGUAAGUUUCAACUUUGAUCAAUCUCCAUUGCUAGCAAGACCAAAUACAAGAAGCUCCAUUAAGGAACAGAAGUCAGAGGAAAGAAAAGUUGAAAACAAAAAAAGAAAGAAGCACAAAUCAACCAAGGAUGGUCAUUUGAGGAAAAGGGAACUGUCGUUUGAAGAGAAACAGAUGUAUGAGUUUCAGGACGAAGGUUCCAAGUCAUGGAAUUACUCUGUAGGUAAGGCUCAAGUGGAGGCUGGAAGAUCGUCCCACUCAAAUCCUGGCGUCAAGGAUCAUGUGUUUGCACCUGAACAUUACAACAUUGAAAGCAGUGCGAAUACCAACAUAUUCACUGAUGACAGUCAGUCUCCCACCAUAACACCAGAGCAAAGACUUCCAGAUACCACACUUAAUGAUAAAUCUUCACAAAACCUUAGCAAAAAAACAAAAACUAGCAUCGGGAGGAAUACUAAGAGCAUUAAAAAUUCGAACAGAAGAUUACAUAAGAGCAAAGAUGUCACACACAAUCCCAACAUUGGUGAGAAAGGAAAGAAAGAUGAUGGUCCAUCCACAGUUGAUGACCUUGAUUCCUCACAGAGUGAUGAUGCUGGAGAAGUACCAUGGCUUGUCAGUGCUCACAGAGACAGUUCCUCGGAUGAUGCCAGUGAUGAUUCUUCCAAUGACCAAGACCAGGAUGCUUUCUACGAUUACUAUCACAAGAGCAGCAGUGAAAGCAGUGCCCCAACUGUGCCUUCUCUUUCUCAAGGAUCUGACGAUGCUGGUCCAUCAGAGAAUAACACUAUGUUCAGGAAUGGAGCUUGUUUCACAAAGAAGACUUCUAGUCUAGGAACCGACACAUUUGACAGCCAACUGUCUCAGGUUUCAAUGGAUGCAGCUGAGGUUAUGUCAUUGUCAUCAACCGAGGCCAGCCUGUCUCCCGAUAGCCCUCAGUUCAUAUUUGGAUUGCCAAGGAAAAUGAUGAUGUCACCUCAAGGGUCUGUGACACCAUCAGACAUCAGAGCAGACUCACCAAUGCUACAAAAUCAGGAGAUGCAUCUAGAAGAUGGCUUGAUGAUGGAAUCACCAAAGAACUCUAGAUGUCAGCGAGACAGUCAUCCAUCGCCAGACAUCAGAGAAGAUUUAGUACCACAGAAACGAAAGAUGCGUCUGCAAGAUGGAAUGUUGUUGGACUCGCCUAAAACCUCUAGACUUCAACAAGUUAGUCAAACAUCGCCAGACAUGAUAGAAGACUCGGCUUUACCACAGAAACGAAAGAUGCGUCUACAGGAUGGCAUGAAAAUGGAUUCACGUAAGAGCUCUAGGAUUCAAGGACUUGUUUCUCCCACUAGCAGGAAGAGACAAAUGAAAGGGCUACAAGGAGAGGACAUGGUUUCCAUGACUACUGCAAGACAUACCAAAGAGAACCAGAAACAAAUAUCACCACCAAAGACUGCUGUAUCUCGAGGAGACUCAGUGGUAUCAAAUGAAAGGAAGGUCUUGGUAGAGAUGAAUUCAAAACCUACUAAGCCAGCAACGAAGACAAACAGCACCAAAAGAAAUAAAGAGGAUCAUGCACCAAAGGUUCAAAAGAGGACGUCAGGAAGACUGAAAAACAAGGAAAGCUUGGUGAACAGAUCCUUGGCAAAGGAAGGUUGCACUGAUGAGGGAGGAAAUAUUGCUCAGGAAAUCAAGACGACUGAGCAAGAAGAAAUCUUCAAGAGUGAUGGAAUUCUUUGUGAUCUCUUCCAACCAAACCUUUCUUCUGAAAAGAGAUCAUUCAACCCUCAAGGUGAGACAGAGUUUUAUCAGAGUUGCAUGGAUGAUCCAGUUUCCAGUCACUUGUUCCUGGAAGAAAACUUUUUUCUCUAAAGUCUAACCCAAAGCUCUCGGAGGGGAACUCCCUGAAAAUUUCAUUUACAAAAUAUUGUCGCCUACAAUAUUGUCGCCUAAGUUUGUCAUGCCUGUUAUACGUUCAUUCUUUGAAAAAUUCUGUGUUAUUUCUCCUGAAUUCUCCCUUAAGUUGAAAGAUUUUGCUAAACAUAAGUUAUUUUAUUUAUUUCAGAACCGGCAGGUAUGCCAUCUACCAUUCGUGGGUGGGGGCUACUUUAUUUGUUCACAUUUCUUAGAAAACGAAUACUAUGUACCAGCACUCAUUCAGUAUAUCCUUAAAAAUUGAUAAAGUUUUACAAUCAGAAUUGUGACAAUUGUUUUGUAAACUUUAUUAAAACUACCAUCAAAGAUCCAUCAAUGUCUGAUUUCUGUGAUGAAUAUCUUUUCCCAAAAUGUUUUCCAUGCUUCUUACUGGUCCUUUCUAUUCAGGUAAAUGUGAUAUUUUGAUGCUGGCCAUUAAAUUUUUAAACAGGGUCCUAAAUAUCAUGCAAAUACUUCUACGACGAUACUCAGCAGGAUCAAUAAGUCAGGAUGUUGUGCUAAGGAAAUAUCAAAUACAAAAGGAUAGGGGAAUAUGUUACACAUACUGAAACAAUUAUUAUUGCAUCAGUAUUUUUCAAUUAGUGUUGUGUUUAAAGGAAAAUAAUCAAUGGAAUUCUUAAAUUGGCAACACUAUGGAAAUUCAAAAAUCUUUGCUUUUCAUGAUUUUAAUGCAAAUUUGCAGAUUUAUCAGUCUGAAUGAGGGAAAAGUUAAGCAUCGAUAGAAAACUGACAAUGUACCAGUAAAUGCUUGUCAUUAUCUGUUGUCCCGAAUUUGAAUAGGGUCUCUUGUACAUCUUUUGUAAAAAAAAAGAAGACAACAAAUACUGUGUUAAAGAAAAUUGUCUUUCUUGCCAAGACAGAGUUGCAAUACUGCUUUAAAGGUCUCUUAUAAUAUCUCUAGUUUUAAAACUGAAAUACAUGUAUGAUGGUUAAGGGAAACAGAUUCUGAAGUAACAUAUUUGCAUUUGGCAUAGAUGCACUAUGCAGUUUUACUUUUAUGUAUUGCACAGACUUCUUGUGAGUGAAGACAAUUUCUGUAGAAUUGGAAAGUUGCUUUUGCAAGUUUUAAAUCAUCUUGAUCUUACCAUAGAAUGGCACAACUCUUAUUAUGACUGCAUACAUACCAUAUGUAAUCUUUGGAAUACAUAUGUACAUUUGAUUGUAUUAAAAAAAUGUGUGUUUUUUUUAAUAGACUUAAUCAUUCCUUAAAAAAUAUUGAUAUGUGCAAAAGCAAUUAUUUUUAUGUAUGAAAUAUGACUUAAUUACGAUGUUAUUUUCUAUUGAACAUUUCCUUUAGUUUUGUAUAUCAUUGAUACAGUGCAUCCCACAAAAAAGGAAACCUGUAUUCAGAGAUAAAUUUCUUAAUUAUCAAAAAUGUUUUUACUAUAAAUUUUGAACCCUUUUUUAGCACUCUCAUUUCAUUGUUUUACUUCCCUCACUCCCAAGCUUUUUUCAAGCCCUUUUAAACUGGACUUCUCCAGAUAAAUUGCACCCCCUCCCCUUUAAAUCUAUGUUGCUUUUUACAACAGACUAUUAUUGUUUUAACAUAAACAAUGACCAUUUUACUAUUUGUAUUUCAAUGUUUGUCAUACAACAAUAUAAACUUAUAAUAGUUCAUGUAUUUGUUUUGAAGUUUGUUAUAAUGUUCAGUGUUCGCUUUAUAAAAUGGAAUGAAAUAAAAUUUCACAUUGAAUUGUUUCUUCAACAUAGCAAUUUAUGUUCUGCUUGAUUAAGUUGUGGCUCAGUAAGCAUCAAUAACAGCGUGAAAUUUCAUAAUUUUGUUUUUAAGUGAGCUACAAAAAAGAAUUUGAAUAAGGUACUUUGCCUUGGUCAAAUCUUUAGGGAUAACAGGGGCCAAUUGCAUGAAAGGAUCUUUCCAAGGACCAUCUUUUGUGUAACCCAUCUUUUAUGAUGCGCUGUAUGCAGGAUAUUCUGAAAUUUAUGAUAAACAAAUGAAAUGUGUUAGCUGGCUCUUGAAUAAAUAUUUAUGCAAUUUCAUGAGAUAUCACGUCAUUUUAUAAACAAUGAUUUUUGUUUACUUUAACAGACGAAUAAAAUAUGUUUGCAGGUAGUUUAGUGAAAAUGUGUCAUGCAUCAUGAUAUAUGGGCAAUACAAAAGAUGUUUUUUUGCAAAGACCAUUUCAUGCAAUCAGCCCCAGAAUCCUUUAUGACAUGAGCUAAAUUAAAGGGAAAGUCCACUCAAAAUAUUGAUUUGAAUAAACAGAUAAAACCCAAAUAAUCAUAGAGCAAACAAUUUCUACAAAGUCAGAGGUAAAAUAUUAAAGAAAGUUAUGACAUUUUCCGAUUCCACUUGUUUUAUCACAAAAAAGGUUGUACACAGUACAGUGAUAUGAGGCAGUUGUCACUCAUCCACUAUUUCUUAUGUAUUUCAUGCACAAACAAAAUUUUCCAGACUUUAAUUACACUUUUCUUUGAAAUCAAACUUUUUGUCGGUGUGGAAUUCCCCUUCAAAAGCAAUUAAUGACACCCAUUUUGCGUAAUCAUUUCUGAAAAAAUGUUAUAACUCCUUUACAUGUAAGCAACCAUUCAAGGAAGAUUUGAUUUAAAUGUGAAUGAAGAUAUCUUUAUCCACUUACAUGUAAUUGCCCCCCCCCCCAAAAAAGUGUGUAUGUAGUUAUUCCAUGAAUAACUAAUAAAGAUUUUUUUUUUUGGGGGGGGGGUUCACAAAGAAUUUUGUAUGACCAAGAGUCUUGCUUAAGUGCAAAUGUUAACAUUUCAUUUAACAUUAAUACUUGAUGAUUACUCCAUUGCAUGCACCCCUCAUCAUGAUCUGACUAAUAUUGCAAAGUUUUGUAUACCUGUAAUAUAACCCCAAUCAGACAAGCAUUUUUUUUUAUUAAUAAACAAGGCAAAAGCGAUUUUGUGUCUCGCCCACGUAUGAAAAUAA